CUCUCGAACUGCAUCAACGUGCUUUUUUGCUUGAGACAACAAUAUACAUUUUUUUGAGUAAAAAUUAAUGACAUAAUGUUUGCUUACAAUGAAAUUACAAAAAAAAAGUUUAAUUAAAUUGUAAUCUUUUAUUUAUGUUUAUUUUGUAAUUUGUUCUAUUUGAUAUUCUAUACCAUUACAUUAUCUGGGAAUGACAAGACAAUGUUGAAACGUAAUUUAGCUAAAAUUUCUUGGUGCAAACUACGAAUGAGGUACUAUCAUCAAGAAAACCUCGCACCAAAACAAAAAAGCGAAAAACACGAUGUCACCAAAAUUCGAAACAUUGGUAUCAUGGCUCACAUAGAUGCUGGCAAAACAACGACAACAGAAAGAAUGCUUUACUAUUCUGGUAGCAUUGGUGCUAUGGGUGAAGUUCAUCAUGGAAAUACAGUUACAGAUUAUAUGGAGCAAGAACGUCAACGUGGGAUUACCAUAGUUUCCGCAGCAGUCACAUUUAAUUGGAAGGAUUUUCGUUUUAAUCUAAUUGAUACACCAGGACACAUAGAUUUUACUAUGGGUGUUGAACAAACUUUAGGAGUUCUUGAUGGUUGUGUAGUAAUUUUAGAUAGUUCUGCUGGUGUAGAAGCACAAACUAUAACAGUCUGGAGACAAGCAGAUCGCUAUAAUAUCCCAAGAAUCGUUUAUGCAAAUAAAAUGGAUCGAGCUGAUGCUAAUUUUGACAUGUGCCUUGAAUCUAUCGAAUCCAAAUUUAAUGCUACGACAUUUCCAUUACAAUUACCAUUAAAAGAGCAAUCUGAAUUAGUUGGAAUAGUUGAUCUCUUAACUCUAGAAAAAAUAACAUUUGAUAAAGAAGUUCGAGGAGCCAAAGUUAGACGAGAAAAGUUGAAUGAAAAAAAUGGAGGUUACAUUUGGGAGAAAGCAAAAGAAAUGAGAAGAAUUUUAACCGACAAAUUAUCAUCAAAUGACGAUGAAUUAGCUAAUUUGAUUAUCGAAAAGGAAUCUUUAGAUGAUAUAUCAGGUCAAAUGAUUGUUAAUUCUGUCAGAAAAAAUACAAUUGCAGGAAAAGGAGUUCCAGUGCUUUUGGGAAGUUCAUAUAAAAAUAUUGGAGUCCAACCAUUAAUGGAUGCUGUGAUAUUAUAUCUUCCUUCGCCAAAUUUACAAAAGAAUGCUGAUAUUUAUAAGUGUUUUGCAAAUAAUUUUUCAGCGCGAGCAUUUAAAAUUCUUCACGAUAAACAGCGAGGUCCAAUAACAUUUUUCAGAGUUUAUACAGGAAAAUUAUCAAAAGGACAAAAACUUUAUAAUGUUCAACAGCGAAAAACUGAACAAGUAGGAAGAUUGUACGCAGCCUAUGCAGAUGAUUAUGAUGAAAUUGCGGAAGUUACUGAAGGUAAUAUUGGUGGAAUAGGUGGAUUAAAGCAUACCGUCACUGGUGACCUUUUAACGAGUAAUUCUAAUGUUGCCAAUAAUGCUAAAAGAAAUCUAGAGAAUUUAAAGAAUAUUGAUAACGCUAUAAAAGAGAAAUUCUUUGCUCCUACUGAUAUUCCUGAUCCUGUAUUUUUUUGCUCCAUCGAACCUCCUUCAAUGUCUUAUCAAACAGCUCUCGAUAUUGCUUUAGCUGAGCUGCAAAAAGAAGAUCCUAGCCUUAGGGUAACGUUAAAUGAAGAAACUGGUCAGACGGUUUUAGGAGGAAUGGGAGAACUUCAUAUAGAAAUUAUUAAAGAAAGAAUAAAGACUGAAUACAAAAUUGAUGCAGACUUAGGACCUCUUCAGAUAGCUUAUAAAGAGACUAUUACAAAACCAAUUAAAGAAAACUACGUUUCUCAACACAAAAUAGCUAAUACUGUUCAAAAUGUCAAUGUUACAAUGUCGUUGAUACCAGAUUAUCAAAACAAAGAAAUUUUGACUUUCGAUAGAACGAAAGAAAGUGCAUCCAACCUUGCCAACAUCCAUCCAAAAGUUAUGACUGCUGUUAAAAAAGGAGUUGAUAUUGCUCUGGCUCAUGGACCUAAGCUAGGCUUUACAGUGAUUGGUGUUGGAGUCAAAUUACAUUGGUUAGAGGUUCAAAGAGGAACUGUAGAAAGCAUGAUUUCUUCUGCUGUAGCUCAAUGUAUUAGAAAGAUGCUCCAAAAUGCUGGUUUAGUUUUAAUGGAGCCGAUUAUGCAGUUAGAAGUUGUAAUGCCUGAACAAUACUCUUCUAGAGUUUUAAGUGAUAUGGGAAAACGACGAGCCCAAAUUCAAGAGGUUACAAUUCGUGGUCAAAAUAAGGUAGUAAGAGCUUUAGUGCCUCUCAGUGAAUUACUUGGGUACGCAACUACUUUACGCAUUAUAACGUCAGGAAAUGGCACAUUCUCUUCGGAGUUUUACAAUUAUCAGAUGAUGGGGCCAUUAGAGGAACAAGAAGCCAUCAGAAAAGUAACUGGAGUUUGAGAAAAAAAGUGAUAAAGAUAUCAUUAAUUCAAAUAUUCAGGGCUCACUUGGAGCAGAAAGUACACAAGCCAACUGUAAUAGACCUUCGUCAAGUGUUCGAUCAAGAAUUAAAUGCUUUAAUCAAAUUAUGAAACACAAAAAUUGAGUUUAAAAACUGUAUAUCGCGUUAUUAAGAGUGAUUAACGCGUUGUUAGAGUGAUUUCGACGAUAAAUCUUUGCCUCAAAGCUAAUCACAUUUAUGUAUCUUCUGAUGAUAUCAAAGAAACAGUAGUUUUUGGAAUUGAUUUCCAAGUUGUAAAUAUUUAAAUAAUAGGUUAAAAUGUAAAUAAUAAUAAAUGAUAAGAGAAGAAAAUAUUUUAU